CCGGAAAUGGCCCGGAGCCAAUGACCCUGGGCCCCAGCAGGUAGGGCGGGCGGGCUGGCCCGAAGUGCCUCGCGGAGCUUCUGAGUCCUGCAGGAAGGAAGGGCCGCCACUGUCCCCUUUCUGAGCCUGAGGAGGUCACCACGCAUCCGCAGCGGGCUCUGGACCCCCAGGGAGGCGGCAGAACUUGGGGAAAGCCAGAACUCGACGAGAUCCCGAGAUGGACGGAGCCGCAGACACGGGCCCCGACGCACCUGCGGCCGGAGGAGGGCAGGGGCCGCCCAGACCCCCGUCGCCCCCGUUCCCCCCACGGGCGCCCUCGCCCCCGCCGCCGCUGUCCCCGGGCUCCAUCCUCGGAGCGCCUCCUUCACCGGGGCCGUCGGAGCAAGGGGCCCGCCAGCUGCUGCUGGAUGAGUGGGGGACUCCCGGGGCGGAGCUGAAUCUGCCCCCGGGUCUCAGCUGGAAGCUGCUCUACGUGCGGAGGCCGCUCUACCGCAACCUGCUGCGAUCCCCGAACCCCGAGGGCAUCAACAUCUAUGAGCCGCCCCCGCCCUGUGGCCCUGCUCGGUCCCUGGAAACCCUGGGUAACUUUAGUGGAUGGCAAAUCAGCACUGAGAAGCUGCUCCCCCACUUCAGCUGGACAGUGAAGCAACAGUGUGUGGACCUUCUGGCCGAGGGGCUCUGGGAGGAGCUGCUGGAUGAUGAGCAGCCGGACAUCACCAUCAUGGACUGGUUUGAGGACAGCCGCCUGGACGUGUGUGUGUAUGAGCUGCACGUGUGGCUCCUGGCGGCUGACAGACGGACCGUCCUCCGGCAGUACCACGCCGCUCCCCGACCCUCUCCGCGGGGCCCAGGAGGACGCUGGUGCCAGGUGUCUCACGUAUUCAAACACUAUGGCCCAGGAGUGCGAUUCGUUCACUUCUUGCACAAAUCGAAGAACCGCCUGGGCUCCGAGGGGUUCCGGAGAACUCGGGUGACUGACUCCUCAGUGUCCGUGCAGCUACAAACAUAGCCUGUCACCCCUCGUGCAUCUCUGCCCCAGGGACCCCUUCUCUCCCUCCUGUCCUUGAUCCCUCUUUCAGGUGAUCUCCCUCACUUUCUGGGAAGGCUCUUUUCUCUUUUUUGGUUUUAUCAUCAGGGUAAGGAAUUCCCCUUGUGGACACUCCCUCUGCUUAUGUUGUGUAUUAUUUUUGUCUCUGGAGAGGCUGACUUAUCUGGGGUCACACAGCUAAUAUUUAUCAGAGUUAGAACUUGACCCUCCAGGCUGGGCCACACUUUCCUAAUUCCUGCCUGCCCCACUUAAGCACACCUCCUCUCCUCCCAAAUAUAUUGCUCCUCUUAGGCCAGAUAUUUUCCCAAGAAACCAAAAUCAAUUCAUCCCAAACACCUCCACCAAAGGAACCCCCAGCUCCUAAAAUUUCUAGGAAUCCCUCAAAUCCUCUCAAAUAUCCUCCCAAUUUAUUUCUCCCAAACCUGUUCUGGGAAUUCCAAAAUAUCUUGUCAAAUAUGCCCUGAGGACCCCGCCUUUUCUCCCCUAAACCCCUGAUUGUCCCCCUUAAGAACGUCUCUUCUCCGGGAGAGUAUCCCCUCAAGGAUUCCCACGCCAUUCUCAAAUUCAAAAAAAAAAUCCACAUAGGGUCAUCUCAUCCUUCCCAAAAAGUCUCUUCACAGUGACCUGUUCAUUCUAAUAUCUCUCUAAUGCAUUCUCAUCUCCUGAAAAUCCCUUCAGAGAUUUAUUUUCUCUAAACAACUCACUUGGAACCCUUCAUCUCCCCUCAAAAUCAUUGCUCUAAAUAUCCUUUUAUUUUAUUUCCCAGAAACCCCUAAUAUCUCCCUAAACACUGCUCACAUCCCAAAUAAUAUCUUCCUUAAGAACUCCAUAUUUCCUCAAUAUUCCCUGAAGACCCUUCAUAGUUACCUCAGUACCUCCCUUGGGGACACCAAAGCCUUCCCUAGAGAUCUCCCUGGGUUAUGUUUUGUGGGAUGUUCUCCCAAAGUUUCUUCCUCAUCAUCUUUUCCUAUAGAAAUGUCUAGAUUAAAGUCGUGGUGUGUGACUUUGUCCCUA